AUGUCCUUACCAAAACAUCAAAAAGCAGUGGUUGUUGAAAAAUACGGAGCAGGCCUUACUCUCAAAGAGCUUUCAGUGCCUGAAGUGGCCCCUGGGCAAGUGCUUGUCAAAGUGGAAGCCAGCGUUAUAGGUACAGAGAUGAAGGCGAGAGCCGAACGGCCUAAAAAUCCACUAUUUUGCAUUCCAGAGCCUUUUGUCACGGGAACCUCAGCCGUUGGAAGAGUUGUGGAAAGCGACACUUUUGAAAAAGGGCAGCUGGUUUAUCUAGACCCCACCGUUUGGUCAAGAGACUCUCCUGGCCACUAUAUUGUGAAGUCGAUUGCAGAUGGCCCGACACCUGAAUCCAAAGCGUUAUCUUCACAGGAGUACAAAAGAAACGGCUACAUGUCAGAGUAUACAUUGGUGGACAUCGAGAGUUGCUAUCCUAUCAAGGAAGAAGCUGUUGGCUUCGACACAGACAUUAUUGCCGGUUUGAGCUUUCCCCUCGUGGCAUACGGUGGACUGAGGGCAAUUGAUUUGAAGCCAGGAGAAACUGUCGCCAUUGGUCCUGCUACAGGAAAGUUCAGUAGCGCUGCUGUUGCGGUGGCUGCUUCAAUGGGCGCCAAUGUUCUUGCCUUGGGAAGAAACAAGGCGGCUCUUGAGGCAGUUGCAUCCAAGUUUACCAACGCUCAUCCUGUUGUCCUGACGGGCGACAAAGACGUCGAUGCUGCCACUCUGCAAAAACAUGGUCCCAUUGAUGUUUUCAUGGAUUUUUCCCCUGGCAAAUUACCUGGCCCGAUCUAUUUGGAUGCUGCCAUUGGUGCUAUCAAGUUUGGAGGCAGAAUCGUUCUUUCAGGCCAAAGACUUUAUCAGAAUGGUUGA